GGCAGGUGUGUGCGACGCUAGUAGUGUCAGUGCAGAGAGAAGAGCGCUGGCUGGACAGGCUAGUGCAUAGGGAGAGCUUUUUUUUUUUAUGUACAUUUAUAUAUAAAUACACCAGCCGCUCCACCUCCCUCCUUUUUUAACAUAAGCUACCUACCCGAUUUUUGUUCUACCUCCCCAUCUUAGUGCAGAAGAUCUCUGCAGGCAUCAAUUAAAAAGAAACAGAGAGAGAUCUAAGUGAAAAGGGGAAGACUUGAUAAAAAACGGGGGACACUUCUUCCACCCUGGCUUUGUAACGCCUUACUAGCCAUCCCCUUUUCUUUGUUUUGCCUCUGCUUUAGUUUAGAUUAGCAUCAGCAGCCACAAGCUACAAAGCUGCUCUCUUCCAGUUAAGCUCUUUCUUUUUUUUCCUUCUCUUUUCUCCUAGACUGACUCUUCUAGAGGUUCCUUAGCGCUCUUCUUCUUUAUUUCAGGGGGCUGUCUAUGGGUUGUCCCUGGGGCUGUGUGUAGUGUAGGGUAUUGGAAUAAUCAGCAAUACAGAGGAGCCCAGCAUUGCCCAUCGCCUCUCCACCCUUGCGGAGAAGAGCUCACCCUUUUACAAAAGACGGCAACUCCAAACUAACAUGGCAGUGAGACUGUGUGAUGUGGCUUCUCUGCUUAGAAGUGGUUCGUGGGCAGCAGAGCCUUGGACUGGGCAGGUAAUAGCUGCCAUGGAAACACAGUUGUCCAAUGGUCCCACAUGCAAUAACACAGGCAAUUGUCCAAACUCGAUGAACAACUGCACAUCUCCCGUGGACUCCAACAAUACAGAGGACAGCAAGACCAAUUUAAUAGUCAACUACCUUCCUCAGAACAUGACCCAGGAGGAAUUGAAGAGCUUAUUUGGAAGUAUUGGAGAGAUUGAAUCAUGUAAGCUUGUGCGGGAUAAAAUAACAGUAGAAGGACAAAGCUUGGGUUAUGGUUUUGUGAACUACAUUGACCCCAAGGAUGCUGAGAAGGCGAUCAAUACCCUGAAUGGACUAAGGCUUCAAACAAAAACCAUUAAAGUGUCCUAUGCUCGCCCAAGUUCAGCUUCUAUUCGGGAUGCAAACCUGUAUGUCAGUGGACUUCCAAAAACAAUGACCCAAAAAGAAUUGGAACAGAUGUUUUCCCAAUAUGGCCGCAUUAUUACAUCCCGCAUUUUAGUUGACCAAGUAACUGGUGUAUCAAGGGGUGUUGGCUUUAUUCGGUUUGACAAAAGAAUUGAGGCUGAGGAAGCUAUUAAAGGCCUAAAUGGACAGAAGCCUCCUGGAGCUACUGAGCCUAUAACGGUCAAGUUUGCCAACAAUCCAAGCCAAAAAGUGAACCACACCAUUCUUUCACAAUUGUACCAGUCCCCGAAUCGAAGAUACCCAGGACCACUUGCUCAGCAAGCUCAGCGAUUUAGGUUGGACAAUCUGCUCAAUAUGGCUUAUGGAGGAAUAAAGAGUAGGUUUUCGCCAAUGACCAUUGAUGGUAUGACAAGUUUGGCUGGAAUAAACUUUCCUGGACACGCUAGCACUGGAUGGUGUAUAUUUGUAUACAACCUGGCACCCGACGCAGAUGAAAGUAUUCUGUGGCAAAUGUUUGGCCCCUUUGGAGCUGUCACCAACGUUAAGGUCAUCCGUGAUUUCAACACAAACAAGUGCAAGGGCUUUGGGUUUGUGACUAUGACAAACUAUGAUGAGGCAGCAAUGGCUAUCGCCAGCCUUAAUGGGUACCGCUUGGGUGACCGAGUCUUGCAGGUGUCUUUCAAAACAAGUAAAUCGCACAAAGCUUAAAGUAACCUCACUCCUAUUAACACACAAACGUCAUAAGCAAGUUUAAAAACUUUACACGUUGAUCGCUCUUACAGGCGUGUGUGUGGGGGAAUGGGGUGAGGUAAGUCAGAAUGUGUUAACUUUAGGACGUGUAUUUGUUUUGUCUUUGCGUAUCUUAUUUUUAUGUUUGAAUAUGGACGCUAGGUAACAGGGUUUUUACCUGUCUCAUUGCAUUCUAAAUCCUUGAGAUUAUGAAGUCUUUUAAAAUGUUUGUGCAAUGGGAAGAAAGUUACUGUACAUUUUUGUUUUACUCUGCCUUUAAGUGUAUGUUAAAGAAGGUGUUUUUCUUUUUCUUCUUUUUUUUUUUUUUUCUGUUUUUAUGUAUGCCUUUAAUGCUAUACAGUUAUUAACUUUAUUUUAUAUUUGGUUUUGGUUUGUUUUAUGAAACAAACCUAUAUUUAUGUUCUAACUUAUGUUAAGAGGCAAAAGCAGCCUCAAUUAUAACGCCUAUUGUAAGAUUACUGGAGACUUUUCAUAAAGUAAGUACCUUGCCAAAGAGAUAAGAACCUCUUUGAUGUGGGUUUCAAAUGACAAAAAGCAUCUAUUUUUAUAAAAAAUUAAAAUAAAAAAAUUUGAACAAACUUUUUACUGGUCCUGGAACAAACUAUUUUGACUUGAAUACUUUGCAAAAUCUACUUCAUAUGACAACCUUGUGAGCUUUUAAAACUUACCAGGAUGUGUUUGUGUGAUCAUUAUUUUUGAAAGAAAGGGAUACUAAAGCUGGGAGGGAAUGAAAGUUACUUAUGGAAAAAAAUAAAAAUAAUUUCGUUUUUUGUUACUGUAUUUGUAUGAAAUUGAGACUGAGUGUUUUAUUCAGUCUUUCUCCUGGUUAUUCAGAAUUGCUCACAUAAAAUUCUCAUUUUAAGACAAAAUGAGACAAAAAUCAAAGUAUAUAUGAGCCUAGCAGAGAGAAUUAAAUUUAUGAAAGUUUUGGAUAGAAAGAAAUCUGUUCUUCCUAAAGUAUUCCCUUCAGAAGGCGCUCAUGGUGUUUAGUGAUGUACUUGUCUUGUUUAGAAGAGUUAAUUUUUUUAUUUUAUUUGUACAAUUGAAUACUUUUCUGUAAGGAAAGAAGAUGCACAUUUGGUGGCACAGCCAACCUGCAAAGUGGCACAAUUUUGGCAAUUAACAUAAUUUUGUUUAAGCUGGCACCUGAGCUUUUGUAUGUUGUAAAUAUGAAUUUAAUUUAAAAUCCAAUGAAAAAAAGUCAUUAUGGUGACUGCAAUCUCUCCAGAGGCUUGCUGUGGGUGUUGUGUUCACCAUCUUGAAUCAGUGUGUUUUUUUUUUUUU